CGGACGUUAAUGAGGCGCACAGCGGAAGUGAGCGACUCAGUCAUGGCGUGUUUGCUAGCUAGCGGCGGCACAGCAAUGUUUUCUUUACCUCGACGAGCCGGACACCGCUCAUGGAUGCGCUUUUUGCUGCUGGGGAUUUAUCUAUCGUCGGUCUCGGCCAAGCCGGACAGCCUGAGAGAAGUGACGGACGGGAACUGGGAGGACAUCCUGACGGGAGAGUGGAUGAUUGAAUUCUACGCUCCCUGGUGUCCGGCGUGUCAGCAGCUGCAGCCGGUGUGGAAGGAGUUUGCGGACUGGGGGGAGGACAUGGGGGUCAAUAUAGCCAAGGUGGACGUGACAGAGCAGCCCGGUCUGAGUGGACGAUUCAUCAUCACAUCACUUCCUACUAUUUAUCACUGUAAGGACGGCGUCUUCCGGAAGUACCAGGGAGCUCGAAGCAAAGACGACUUCCUCAGCUUUGUCGAUGAGCAGAAAUGGAAAGCAGUGGAGCCGGUUUCCUCCUGGUUCGGGCCGUCCUCAUUUUUAAUGAAUUCUAUGUCCGCUUUGUUCAAGCUCUCCAUGUUUAUCCGGCGUUGUCAUAACUACAUGACUGAGCAGCUGGGGAUUCCUGUCUGGGGUUCAUAUGUGAUCUUUGGCCUGACCACUCUGUUCUCCGGCCUGGCUCUGGGUCUGCUACUGGUGUUCAUCGCAGAUUUUGUCUUCCCCUCAAGACGGUUUUCUUCUCCUGAUUACUACCAGAAGAAACAAACGAUGGAUCAGGCGAGGCUGAUCCAGCAACAAGACGACGACCACGAGGCCGAUGGAGAGGAGGACGACGACGAGGAGGAGGAAGAUGACGACUCCGACGUGUGGAGAAGGCGGAGAGGGUCCCCGGAGGGCCGCCCAGAACCCAAGGGACAGGCUUUCCCUGACGAAGCUCUGAGGAAGAGGGUGGUGGGAAACCGCGAGGAGGAAGAGGACACUUAGAGAUCCGGCGUGGAGCUUCUUCACUCCUUUCGAUACGAGCGCCGUGGAGUCAGCGGAGUUGGAGGAGCCGUGGUCCUGAGCAGCAGCGUUUAGAGCAGGGAGUCCAAAAAUCUUUCCUCUUCCUCUGGACCCCCCCACCCCCCAGAAACACCUCGCUUUGUUUUCCUUCCCGUCCCUCGAUUUUAACCGGAGCACUUCAGACUCCCACCACCGCUCUGUCCUCCUGAGCAGCAGGCUCCACCUGGAAAAACAACAACAAAAAAGCACUCCUUGCACCUGUUUUCACUCGUGGAAAAAAACCGCCUGGCUGGGGUUUAGAUAAGAAGUGGAGUACAGCUGGAUUUUGCGAUGCUGUUUAUGCUAUGCAUUGUUUUUUUGUUUUUUUUUUAAAGUAUGUGUGUUAUUAUAUUUUUAUCUCAGAAUUACUAUUAUUCUGAAAACAGGCUUAUGGUUUAUGUCCUCCUCAGUUAAUGCAUACAUUCAGGUGCUUACAAACCCUGACAGUUUAACGUUCACACACAUUAUACUUUGACUCUGUAAAGAAGAGAGGAGUGAAAACAGCUACAAUGUUCAUUUAGAAAGGUUUCAGUGCUGAGUGUCUUUAUGCUGCACAGUGGGUUCUUGUUGCUACUUCACAAUAAAAGCCACCCAUUUUUUUGCAAAUUGAAUAUUUUAAAUGUGAAGCAGCAGCAGGAAAUGUUCAGUAGGCAUUAGCUGCAACUUAAUACAGUUCUAGAUCAGAAUUACAUGCUGACUGGCCACUUUAUUAGGUACACCUGUGAAAUUUAAUGGAACAGAUCCAUCUUUAAUUCUACUUUUACAGAGCUUCUACAUGUUCAGUUUUUGCUGAUGUCUAAAAAAACUCCACAAUUUUGCAUUGUUUAUUAUUGAAGUUACAGAAGAUAUAAUUGACUGCUUUACAAUAAAACAAGUUAUUAAUUCUUUGUCUCCCCCGAUAACAUACGAGGAGAGCAAAAUAUUGGAAACAAGUUUAAUUGGGAUGCAGUCCAUACAAGCAUGAGGUUGAAUUGUCACGUUUUUGACAAUUUCGAAAAAACAGUAAAUGUAGAGGCUUUAAAAAAGCAGAAUUUAUGACAGGAUUUGUGUAUUUUAUAGCAUUAGAUUUCACAAAUGUACCUACUCAAGUGGCUGGUGAGUGUAAGUGAACUAUGACAUUAUUUAUGUCAUGUAUUUGAAGGCGGUUUAAAUUUAGCCACAUGCAGAAAAAAUUUCUGUAUAGUAAAUAUAGAAAAUGUGGAAUAUAGAUGCGUUAAUUUAUUACUUGCAGGAAAAAUUGUGACUCCUGUAUUGAAUAUCAAUUGGAUCGCUGUAAAUUAAACUUUUUAUAUUCUGUGAAUCCUCUCAGUACAGGUAUGUGUGGGGCAGGAACCCCAGACACUAAAUUUUGCUGAGCAGAAAAGUAGGCCACGUGUAGUUGAUGCUACUCAUUAAGAAAGGACCUAUAUUAACUCCAAAUAAAAGGCCUGGUGAAUGUCGUUCUGUAGAUACCGUAUGUUCCCACAAUGUAUCAUCUGAUAGUCAAACAACGUGACGUUUGGUUUACUUGGCUUACUUGGCUUACUUGGCUUACUUUUUCUGUUUCUAAUGUUUACUUGUGAUUCUCUAACUAUUAGAAUAUGUUUACUUAAAGAACCCAGACAUGCUGUUUCUACAGCACCGUAUAUGCAUGCCGUAAUGCAAUUAAAAAGAGGAACAAUGUGGAGGGACCCUGGUGGCAUAUCCGUCCCAACGUCGCUCUGCUUCACGGAGCAGCAAAGAGGACAAAAAGAGGCUCGAUUUAGCCGACUGUCAUUUUUAUCCACUUUAAAAAUGUCAAACACCUGAAGUUAAUUUAUCUGCAUGAAUGCCAUUUUUUGUACACAAAUUUCUCAGAGAGCAUAUGAACACUGGCACAUUUAAGAACAUUUACAACAUCUGCUUCCAUUUCAUUUUUUAAGGCUAAAAAAGGAGCUGUGUGUGUGUGUCUGAGCAAACAUUUCAUUUCUGUUUUGAUGAGGCUUCUAAUGUCUUGCAUUGACUUUGAUUUAUUUUUAUAUUGCUUUGUAUCUCAAAAAAGCUAACUAAUCUUCUCGGUUAUGGUUUUUUCUUUUGUAUCAAACCACUAUUUAUGGCUUGUAGCAUUCUCUCUCUUUACCCUGAGCCAGCUGUGCUCCUUAUUGUUUCUUUGAAUAAACAGUUAACUCAGAAAA